CUUCAACAUUCCCUCCCAUUGCCUAUUCACCUUCACUUCUGUCUCAUAAAUUGCUUACUCCCUUCAACCCAAUCGGAUUCUUCUGCGUGCAUGCCCCCCUUCGUCCCCCGCAAGCGUCUCUCCUCCGAGGAUCCGCCCGCCGCCAAACGUCAUCAUGCGACGCCAUCCAUCGCCGCCGUCGUCCCCGACACCGACUCCGAAUCUUCCCUAAGCGAUAUUCCAGAGGAAACCCCUUUGGUCCAGGACGGAUCCGAUGAAGAAAGCAGCGGCUCUGAUGAGGUGGACUGGGAGGACGCCAUCGAGACCAAUCCCCCCAGCGCCACCCCAAUGACGCCCUCUAUUCUCACCCGCGACCAGCACCAGGACCUGGAGUUGACGCUAGACAAGAACGAGAUCCACUUGUCCGACCUUCUCGAAGGGAAAAAGGGCCCAUCCAAAAUCGAACGCCAGAUCCGCAUCCAGACCCAUUGUCUGCAUGUGCAGUUUCUGCUCCACCACAACGCCAUCCGCAAUGCCUGGGUCAAUGACACCCAGGUCCACGAAACCCUCCUCCGCAAGCUUCUCCCGGCCAUCCACCAGGAGGUGAAGAAAUGGCGCAUCGCAUCCGGCCUCGAGGUCCCGGAGCAGCCCCCGGUAAAAAAGUCGAAGAAAGGCAAAGGGAAGCAGCGUCGCCAAUCUGACCGGGAUUGGGCUGAAGGUUCGUCGCGGAUGGAACCUGGGAAGCCUGAUAUGAGUGGCGGAGAUCCCAUCAUUCUCCUCCUCAAAGUCCUGGCCGCUUACUGGAAGAGCCAGUUCAAGAUCACCGCCCCGGGACUACGGAAACAAGGGUACCGUCCUAUGGCUCAGCUGGAGGCCCAGAUCACCUCCUUACACAAGGACAAUCACGACCCUGGGAAACACGGGGAGAAAAUCGCUGAUAUCGAAGAGUUUCGACACGCCGCAGAGAACAUGCAGGGCUCGCGAGAUGUGGGCGCGCAGCUAUUCACCGCGCUGCUGCGUGCUCUCAACAUCGAAGCUCGACUGGUCGCUAGCCUGCAACCCCUGGGCUUUGGCUGGACCAAGGCCGAGACCUACACGAGCAAACCGCGCGCAGACACAGAGCCUUCGAUAGAGAAUGCAGAGACCGAAACUGCGGUCGACCUGGAAUCCGACAGUAGUGAAGAAGACACCAAACCCACCCGCAGCAAGAAUUCCAAAGGAUACGACAAGGACCUGCCCUUCCCUAUCUAUUGGACCGAGGUGGCCUCUCCCGUCACCCAUCAAAUCAUCCCAGUUGACCCGCUAGUCCUUCGUAAUCCGGUCGCCACUACCCCCGACCUCCAGGCGGCCUUCGAACCCCGCGGUGCCAAAGCCGAGAGGGCCAAGCAGGUCAUCUGCUACAUCAUCGCCUACUCUGCGGACAAGACCGCUAAAGAUGUCACUACGCGCUAUCUGCGGCGCCGCACCUGGCCCGGGAAGACCAAGGGCUACCGGAUGCCCGUCGAGAAGAUCCCCGUACCAGGGCGCAAAGGCAAGUUCUACGAAAUCGACUGGUUUCGCGUGAUCUUCCGCGUCUACCAACGUGCCCCUCCCCAGCGCACUGCCGUCGACGACAUCGAAGACGCCAAGGACCUUCUCCCCAACCAACCGGAGCGCAAACCAGCCAAAGGCGACACCCUGCAGAGUCUGCGCGCAUCCACAGAAUUCGUCCUCGAACGCUUCCUCCGCCGCGAAGAAGCCCUCAAACCCGGUGCGCGACACGUCCGGACCUUCGCCACCGGCAAGGGCGCCAAAGCGAAAGAAGAGAAGGUGUUCCGACGCAAAGACGUUCUAAAAUGCCAAUCUGCUGAAAGCUGGCACAAAGAAGGCCGCCGAAUCAAGACCGGCGAAAUACCGCUGAAACACGUGCCCAUCCGCGCUGUCACUCUCCUCCGCAAGCGCGAAGUCGACGAAUUCGAGCGCGAGAAUGGCCAAAAGCCCAAACAGGGGCUCUAUGCCAAACACCAAACCGAAUACAUCAUCCCACCCCCGAUCCGCGACGGUAUCAUCCCCAAAAAUGACUACGGCAACAUCGACUGCUUCGUCCCCAGCAUGGUCCCACGCGGCGCCGCCCACAUCCCCUGGCCGGGCACCGUCCGUGUAUGCAAGAAACUUGGCAUCGAUUACGCCGAAGCAGUCACGGGCUUCGAGUUCGGCUCCAAGAUGGCAGUCCCCGUCAUCCAAGGUGUAGUUGUCGCCAUGGAGAACGAGGACCUCGUGAAAGAUGCCUGGCGUGCGGACGACGCCGAGAAACGGAAGCGAGAGCAGCGCAAAGCCGAGGCACGCAUUCUACAGACCUGGCGAAAGUUUCUCUUCGGGCUGCGCAUCGCACAGCGCGUGCGCGAGGAGUACGGUUCGGAGGAACAUGAGCACGAUGUGCACAAUCCGUUCACGAAUCGUCGGGAUCAGUUGUCUGCAUCUAGAUCUGCCCCUCGCCCGGAGGACCAUGAUUCUGAUCCUGCUCAUCAAGGAGGUGGAUUCCUCCUUCCCGGUGAAGAUGAGCAUCCCGUCGACCACGGUGGUGGAUUCCUCCUCCCAGGCGAAGACAAUGACCCGGCAGAUCAAGGUGGCGGAUUCCUCCUCCCUGGCGAUGAUGGUGACGACGAUGGAGGAUUAAUAGUCGACCAUCACGAGCAUCAGCAACCACAGCAUCGACAGCCGAAUUCGCCGCAGAUUCAGACUGUACAUGCCGAGGUUGAUGAUUCGCACGAUGACCCGAUCUCACUGAGCUCUGACUCGGAAGCGCUCUCCUCACCAAUAGAGAUCCCGGGUUCGGAGGGUUCAGAGCCGGAAUACGUGCCGCCGACGACGCGGAGACGUACGAGACGGGGUGGUGGGUAGAUGGUUUUCCAGUUUUGUUUUAUGCUCGUUUCUAGACCAUGUAGCUAUGUUUGGCGUUUGUGGUAUAUGACCGGAACGGGAAUUGGAAAUCGAAACGAUGAUAGAGAUGGAUGAUAAGGCAUGAUAGAAUUAAUGUGAUGGGCUAAUAAAUGCUAUAUCGUGUACUGUGAAUUGUGGACUGCUUGGACCGGGUUAUCUAUAAACAUUAUUCGUAGGUAGUAUGUGGGUGGGUAGGGUAUAGUAUAAGAAUGGAAAGAAGAA